UUUUCUCUUUUUUCCGGUUUUCUAAAGCCAUACUUCUUCUGGAUUGAGUCUACUGUUCUUCUCUCUCUUCUGUCUUUCUCUCUCUCUCCAUCUCUUUCUCUUUCUCUCUCUAACUUCUGCGCAAUACCGAGGUAUAUACCCACCUUUUUCUCGCCGGAAAACAGCUUGUUUUCGCUGGAAAACCGGUGUUUCGCCGACCGAGGAACUCACUCAGUCCUUAGUGCCGCGGUUUCAUUGUCAGUUUCCACAUUCUGCUCUGCAAUUGCGAUUCUGCCUUCUGGGAAUUGUCGUGAUCUCCGAGGUUCGACCCCCCCCGUGAAGCUUUUCAGAGAAUGUGGGGACUGUGAAGAAGUUGGUUUGGUUGUUUGCGCCCUAGAUCGUGAUUUAGGGCUUUGUUUGGCGGUUACUUUGUGAAAAUUUGGUGGUUGAGUUUUUUUCGGUUGGUGGUUUUUGUAUAAUUCUGGAAAAUUCUUGUUGCGUGAGUGUUGAGAGAACUGACAUAAGAAGACGGCGGCCGGUGGAGAAGAUAAGCUUCGGAAUGAGAUGGUGAGAGGCUUUUCUUUUGUCUAUUUUGGGUGGUAUUUGUAAAUUUUAAUCUGGUGGUUUCGUCCGUCAAAAAUUUUACCGGAAAUUGCAGAAUGUAUAUUCUGGGAAUGUAUCUUCGCGUUUCCCCCUUUUCAAUUCCGAACUCGGAUCUCUCAAUUUUCUGCAUUUUUCCUUGUCAAUUAUCAUUUUGAAGAAAAAGCACUGUUAGUUUGCGCGUGUUUUAUGCUUCCCGGAAUUAUUCGCUCAUACAGGUUUUUUUUUUUUUUUCGCGCUUAACACGCUAUUCUGUUCCAUGAAAAAUUUUAUGGUAUGCUGCAAGUUUUCUGCAAAAUAUUGCGAUCAAUUUGGCUUUGGAAAUCUUUCUCUGAUUUUUUUACCCUGUUUUUUUUUCCUCCUUUUUUCGUUUCCUUUCUAUUUUAGAUCUUACGAGCUUAUUGGGUCCAUGUAACGGCAAAAAACUAUUAUAAAUUGUGGUUCCUUGGUAGGAAAUUGCUGGGUUGUCUACCAAGAUUCCUUUUCCAAUUAUAAGAAGGAUACCCGAUUUUUUGAUUGGCUUCGUCUCGUCUGUGUUAAAAGAACCCUGAUUCUGGUUACAAACUUUUCCUGGGGAAAUCCAGUAGUAAAGUAGGGGAAUUUGACGGUGUUAAUUUUGAGGCUGCGUGACGAUUUGACCGCUGAUUGGUCAAUGCACUUCCGGGUUGAAGGAAGAGCUUGUAUGUCGAGGGAGGCAAAAUUGGAAUUCUUGAAGCGCAAAACGCUUGAGCGCAGGAAAACUGAAUCUGUUGAUGAUUUUGGAUGUUCCAAUAACAUGAUUAGUAGGAGUGGAGGAGAUUCUUUAAGAGGCUCUGCUCCGUGUGGCGUGAGAAUUCAUGGAAGCGUGGACUCGUUUUCACGAUCUGGAGCGGCUUCAAAUGGGAAAGACUUUUUCACUAAGCGCAAGGUUGCUAAGUUUGACACUACUGACCUUGACUGGAUUGAUCAAAUACCUGAAUGCCCAGUUUAUCGUCCAAACAAAGAGGAGUUCGAUGAUCCUCUUGUCUAUCUACAGAAGAUUGCUCCUGAAGCAUCAAAAUAUGGUAUCUGUAAGAUUGUUUCCCCUGUGAGCGCUGAAGUUCCUGCUGGUGUAGUUUUAAUGAAAGAAAAAGCUGGAUUCAAAUUUACAACUAGAGUUCAACCUCUCCGCCUAGCUGAGUGGGACACAGAUGACAGGGUCACUUUCUUCAUGAGUGGAAGAAACUAUACUUUCCGUGAUUUCGAGAAAAUGGCGAACAAGGUUUUUGCACGUAGAUACUAUAGUGCUGGAUGUCUUCCAGCCACAUACAUGGAAAAAGAAUUUUGGCAUGAAAUAGCUUGUGGAAAGACUGAAAGUGUUGAGUAUGCAUGUGAUGUUGAUGGCACUGCAUUCUCAUCUUCUUCCACAGAUCAGCUCGGGAAAAGCAAGUGGAAUUUGAAGAGACUCUCUCGACUGCCAAAAUCUGUGUUGCGCCUCUUAGAAAAAGAUAUCCCGGGUGUUACAGAUCCCAUGCUUUACAUUGGGAUGCUAUUUAGCAUGUUUGCGUGGCAUGUGGAAGAUCAUUACCUUUACAGUAUCAAUUACCAUCACUGUGGGGCAGCGAAGACAUGGUACGGUAUUCCAGGUAAUGCAGCUCCAGUUUUUGAGAAGGCCGUUCGAGAACAUGUAUACACCAAUGAUAUUCUAUCAGCUGAUGGAGAGGACGGGGCUUUUGAUGUGCUUUUGGGGAAGACAACACUAUUUCCUCCCAGCAUACUGUUGGAACAGAAUGUCCCGGUCUUCAAGGCUGUUCAGAAACCUGGGGAGUACGUAAUCACUUUUCCCAGAGCAUAUCAUGCGGGGUUCAGCCAUGGUUUUAAUUGUGGUGAGGCUGUGAACUUCGCUAUAGGUGAUUGGUUUCCUCUAGGGUCAAUAGCAAGCCGUCGUUAUGCUCUUCUCAACAGGAUGCCCCUUCUUCCUCAUGAAGAGCUUCUUUGUAAAGAAGCAAUGAUUCUCUUCUCAUGUGCGGGAGUUGAAACUGCAGAUUAUUCAUCUGCUGACAUGAAAUCUCAUCGAAGCAUCAAGGUUUCUUUCGUGAAUUUGAUGAGGUUCCAGCAUAAAGCUCGUUGGUGCUUGAUGAAAUCACAACCAUGUGUUGAUGUUUUCCCAAUUUCCCACGGAACAAUUCUCUGUAGUAUUUGUAAACGUGAUUGUUAUGUCGCAUAUCUGAACUGCAAGUGCUACGAGCAUCCUGUGUGUCUGCGACACGAUCCGAUGUUGCUUGACUUGCCUUGUAGUGGGAUUCGGGCUCUAAAUGUUAGGGAAGAUAUUCAAGACUUGGAAGCUGCAGCCAAGAAGUUUGAGCAGGAUUGGAGUGUGUAUAAUGAAGUUAAGGACAACAUUAGACAUGGGAAGGACUUUACUAUGUUAUCGAGAAUUUUCUCUGAUGAUAAUGGGUAUAUUCCAUACUGCGAAAUAAAUUUUGAAGCAAGUAGGGAAGUGCCAAUUGAGAAUCACAUACAAGAGCCACUAGCCAGCUAUCAACCUACGUAUGUCCACGAAGAGGAAACUUUGCAGGCUGAAACAUCUCAUAUCUCUCAUGCACCAAAUAUUGGUACUUUUAAUGAUCUUGCUGAAAGUGAAACUACACAUGGAAAUGUAAGACUUGGAUGGUUUUUUUGGCUUCAUAUUUUCAUGAUCCUUUUGUAGUGUAUGAUUUUGAAAGCUGGCCCUUAUGCAUUUUCCUGACAGGUUCGUAAUUCUGAGGGUAACCCUGUGAAGCAAUAUGUAGAUUCUUCCAGAUGUGAUGAACGCUUCAGUGAACAAUCGAAAGUGAUUCGAGGCACCAAUAGUGGAUCUGCAGGGCAAGAAAGUGAUGAAUCUGAUUCUGAAAUCUUCAGGGUUAAAAGGCGCUCUUUAGCUAAGAUGGAGCAUAGAAAUGGGCAUGCUUCCUUCUCUGUAAACUCUGACCAUCAGGUACAUACGUAGUUCUUUUAAGUGCUGAAUCUUAUGAUGUGAUGAUAUGUUGGUUUUCUAUGCCUUUUGUGUCAUACUACAAUUUUCUCAUGUAUCUCUCAUUAUUUGUAGAUUCGUCAUAUUUCCCUUAUCUUACAGCUAUUCCACAUAUUUCACCUUGCAAUAUAUGUUAUCCACUUUCAAUGUUUUGCCUUUUGAGAUGUGCUUUGAAAGUUAAAAGCAAAACAAAUUUCUUAAGAUUUCUUGAUGGUACAUUUGAUCUCCCAGAUGUUUAUGAUUAUCUUUUGAAGUAAGAUACUUAGCUUAUACUAAAAAAAACCUAAAUGUUGGAAGCUUCACGAUCUACAUUUAUUUGGUCAUAUCGUUGGGUGGAUUUCCAGUGUUUUUUUCCAUAAUGAAAAACAAACUGCAUUGGGAAUUUAUGUGUGGUUGCUGGAAAGAGUUAUGAGGGGUGGGCAUUUUAUAUCAGCAAGUACAUUUCUUUGCAGUUUGCAGCUUAUUUUGUAUGGCAAACUUAAUGAGACUUUCUGUUCUUAUAGGGGUUUAAGCGACUAAAGAAAUGCCAAUCAGAGGGGAACAAUGGGCAAUGGACAACUUCGGAGUCUUCAGUGGGCAAUAAUUCAAGUCGUUCUAGUCGUUCAAAUUCAAGCAACUUGAAAGAGGUUCCAGAUUAUAAUUCGAGAGAAAGGUUUGAGCAUAGAAAUACUGUUCCUAUCUGCAUCAAGUUUAAGAAACCAGCACAUGAUGAAUUUAUGAGCAACAAGAACAGGGAAAAUCAGAGGUCUGGUAGUUAUCAGCAAAGUAUGGCAAAAACUUUUAGGGAUUCAGCUCCCAUGGAGAGUGGGCCGAAGCGGCUUAGAGUCAAAGGUCCUUCAUUCGUAGGGUUGGAUAGAAGGUUGAAUUGAACUGACCUAGCAUUGAUGAAGAUCUGGUAGAACAGCUCCCUCUGAAUACUUUCUAGAGCCUUGACUUCGCUAACUAUUUAGUUUCUCUGAUGCGGAUCUAACAACACGGAAAAUGCUAGAAAUUUAUUUGUGGAAGCAGCACAGAAGAUUAACCAAAGUGUAGGUUUUAAAGGUUAAAUUCUUUGUGCAGGCCUCAAAAUGGGGCAACUUGCACGACGGUGGGUUUAUUGGUUCUCACGCCGGGGUGUUUUUCCUGUCUUUGGUAGGAGAACCUUUCUCCAUCUUGCAGGUUGAUUUUAGGUUUCUGAGUUAGUGCCUUCUGAUGUAAAUUUACAUUUACCAUUUCCAUUGAUUAUUUCGUAGGAUAGGAGGGGGGAUGCCCCUGUCGCCCAUCAUGUUAUUUCGAGGUUGCUGCUUCCUUAGCUAGGGCCUAGGAAUUCCUUGAUUCUUUUUGUAGCUAUGGGUCUAUGCCAUAGACUACGUUAAUAAAUCAUAAUCCUAUUUUUUUUUUCCCUAUUUUUCUCUUGGAUUUCCCCGUGUUUGAUUUUUGAGUUGUUGCAACGCCGUUUGGAGUUUCGUAACUUUACAUUUGGCAUGUGAAUGUUACUGUUGGUUAGAUGAAUCACGUGCUUUAGUCGGCUUUGCUUUGAUUUAAGCAACCUUUGGCUGUAAAUACUCUGUAAAUACUAACAGUGUCCUUGUCUUAAAAUUAUUGUCUAAUUUGAAUUUUUAAUUUUAAUACAAAUCGAACUAAAUAUAAAAAUUUAUAUUGGAUAAAAAUUUCGGGAGGAAGGGAA